CGGGCACUAGCAUUUAGGAGGAACAUACAGAAAGGAUGCACCAUCUGUUAGGUCUGCAUGGAAGGUAUUUGGAAGCUUGAGGUCCCACCUUGGGGUAAUUUGUAGAGAGGACAACUUAAAGAGAAGUCCUAGCAGUUAAGAAGGAGCUCUAUAGGAGUUCUAUGGAAGCAUUCUGAAGAAUAAUAAGCGCCAACUGGGGCACACUGGCAGUUUGAAGAGGAGGAUCCAGAAAGCAUUGUCUAGGGGCACCAGGGUGGUUUGAAGACCGCAAUUGGAUUCUCUGUCAGUUCAAAAAGGAAGAGCAGUUUAAAGACAAAGAUCCUUCAAGGUGUGGAGGCAACAAUUGGGGGCUCAUUUAUAAGCUACAGCGCUGGGGCAUUCUUUGUGCUCCAUCGGGAAGUUUAAAGACCAAAUAAAGUGAAUUUUAAAAAAGUUAAUUUAACAAGCUAAAGAAUAACCCAAAAUAAAUUAAAAAAAAAGAAAGAUGGAAGCUGGAAUCAAUAAUUAACCCCGAGCCAAGCGCACAAAGCUUCCCACAGCAGACUCCCCGCGUCAUUAGACUCAUUUGUAUGUAAAGGUUUAACCUGCAAUUGGGGAAAGAUAAAGUUUAUAUGUUUGUGAGUAAGGAGAAUAUACAGAGAGACUAUAGGGGGCAUUUAUACAUGUGUAAGUAUGGGGCAAAUAUGUUUGUGAGUAAGGAGAAUAUACAGAGAGACUAUAGGGGUCAUUUAUACAUGUGUAAGUAUGGGGCAAAUAUGUUUGUGAGUAAGGAGAAUAUACAGAGAGACUAUAGGGGUCAUUUAUACAUGUGUAAGUAUGGGGCAAAUAUGUUUGUGAGUAAGGAGAAUAUACAGAGAGACUAUAGGGGUCAUUUAUACAUGUGUAAGUAUGGGGCAAAGUGCAAAAAACAUGCACAAUUCACCAUUUUUUGCACAUUGUACCCUGCCUUCAAUCCUGAAUAAAGUGCAGUGAACUCUGUUUUGAAGCACAGACACCUGCGGCCGCCCUUGUGUAUACAGCAAGGCCUGCACACAACAAUUUGCCUUCCCUUUCUCUCUCAUAUGGUACUUUGUCCUAUAAGGAGUCUCUCUGCGGGAAGCACACAGUGCAGGCAGGAUUUCAGGAUCUCUGUGCCGCUGUUCAGGUUCCCCGGAAAUGAUUGGGCUUGCUGCCACCCCUGAGGUUUCUCUGGCAGAUAAGCCGGUGAGGAUUCGUGCUUGGGGGCUCCCCCCACAGACAGCGAUCACCCUGAGAGCCUGGGUACGGGAUGAGAAAGGGGAGAUAUUCCACUCCAGGGCAUUUUACCAGACUGACACAGAGGGCAAAGUGGAUCUGGAGCAGUCAGAAGCCACAGGGGGAGAUUUCCAUGGCAUUUACCCUAUGGGACUGUUCUGGGCUCUAAAACCAACCACCCCGUACCGGAGGCUGAUAAAACGGGAUGUUAUGGGGAGCCCUUUCCUUGUGCACCUGGAGCUGUAUCCUUCUGUGCUGCUUGUCCCCUCCGAGGAUCAUCUUCCUGCCGUCACUACAGUGGUGGAGAGGUGGUAUGUAGCUCCAGGGGUGCAACGGCUGCAGGUCAGAGAUGGGCGCGUCCGAGGGGCACUUUUCCUCCCACCAGGUGAAGGUCCUUUCCCAGGAGUCAUUGACAUGUUUGGUGGGAUUGGAGGCCUCCUGGAGUUCCGGAGCAGCCUAUUGGCCAGUAGAGGGUUCGCCUCUCUUGCCCUCCCUUACUUUGCUUAUGAAGAUCUUCCAAGCUUUUUAGGAGUAGUGGAUCUCACAUACUUUGAAGAAGCAGCUCAGUUUCUUCUGAGGAACCCUAAAGUGUCGGGGGAUGGAGUUGGAGUGGUCGGAGUGUGCAAAGGGGCAGAGAUUGCACUGUGUAUGGCCUCUUAUCUGCCGCAGGUUCAAGCUACUGUCUGUAUCAAUGGGACCACUGCAGUUUAUGCCAACUCUCUUACUUAUGGGAAUAUUUCCAUGGAGGGAAUCCCUUUUCAGAUAGAAAGAGCUCAGACAACACACUCAGGAGCCAUGGGGCUCAGCUCCGGUUUAGAGGACCCGAGGAAGCCGGAAUAUCAGGACUGCAUACUCCCCAUAGAGAGAGCCCGGGGCCCCGUCCUUUUCUGCGUUGGAGACAAAGACCAGAAUUGUGAGAGUUUGUUCUUUGCAAAUGAAGCUUUAGCUCGGGCAAGGAAAAAGGGCAAGCAGAAUGUGUAUGUGCGGCGUUACCCAGGGGCGGGGCAUCUCCUGGAGCCCCCCGGCUCUCCUUCUGCCCUGUUUCCCAAUCCCCUUACUUCCCCCUUCCCUUAAUGUGGGGUGGGGAGCUUGUGCCCCACUGUACAGCCCAGGAAACAUGCUGGAGAGAGAUGCGGGAUUUUCUCCAUAGCAAUCUUGCCCCCGGUACCAAGAGUAAGUUAUAGGGACUCUGGUACAUAUGGGAGUGUACCUAGGAAAACAAUCAAAAUAUGCUAAAUGUAAUUCCACUUAUAUAACAAGUUGUAGGGUUCUAAAUGUCUAAAAAAAAUGUCUAAAAAAUUUACAAAUAUAUAUAUAUAAUUCUCUUGAUAUAAACCCAUUAUCAGAAACAUUAUUUAUUUUCUGCAUGAAAAUACAACUGAUUUAGAAAGUCCCUUAUCUCCUGAAUGGGCCUGUACCAAAUAUGUAUGGUUUUUUGGAGGUUUCUGACUUACCAAAUUUCCAAAGCACUACUCGAGAGACUUGCACACUUCAGGUUUCAGGGCCAAAAAUUCCAAUAAUAAUAGGUUUACCCUAGCAAACUAUACAUUUUUGGAAAGAACAGAUUCUGAUAAAUCCAAAAUUAGUAAAUAUGUCUUUCUACUUCAAAGUUCCCAGUCUCAAUGCUUUCCUAAACAUCAGUUUUUAUUAUAAUCUUCUGAAAAAUAAUCUCAAAGCUUCCAGUUUACAUUAUCCUAUUUCCUAAAGGAUGCCAGUGUGUGGCAUCUAAAAAGUAUGUUUACUCAAGAAAGUCAUAUAUUUAUAAGUACAAAUUCUCCUGAAUCCAAAAUGGGUACCCAUAUAUUUCUACUCCAAAGCACCAAAAUGCAAAGCUUUCUUAAAAACCUUUUAAGCCGCCAAGAAAUCCCUGAGAUGAACAUAAUUCUUGGCAGUUAAAGCAUAAAUGCCUGCCAGCACGUAUAGAAUACAACACAGGCAAAGCGUUAAAGGGUUGAGGUUAGAAAAUCAGUAGAACUUUGCAGAUCUUACCAGUUUUCCAAAUUUCCCUUUCUACUUUUCAAUAACUCUUUUCCCACAAUAAUAUUAAUAACAUUAGUUCUGAAUCUCAGACCUUGGGAAAUCAUAUGAUUUGGGUUUAGAAUGAAUCACAUGAUUUUGAUUAGUGCCCCAAACACCAAAGCAGCUGUGCAGGACUGAACCGGCAAUCUGUGGGUUCAGGCAAAUUCCAGAGGGGCUGCUGUAUAAUGCCACUAUUUAUUGGACUUGUGGGGGCUAUUGGAGUCUCUGUGUAGUCUCUGAGAUCUCUGGGGUCUCUGAAGGUCUAUGUGGAAGAUAUUUGGAAGCUUGAGGUCCCACCUGAGGUUGUAGAGAGGACAACUUAAAGAGAAAGCCUAGCAGUUAAGAAGAUUUUAAGAGUAGUUCUAUAGGAGUUCUACGGAAGCAUUCUGAAGAAUAAUAAGGGCCAACUGGGGCACACUGGCAGUUUGAAGAUGAAGAUCCAUAAAGCAUUGUCCAGGGGCACCAGGGUGGUUUGAAGAGGUUGACGACUUGUAGAGAAGUCCCAGUAGUUGGAUAAGACCUCUGUUACUCCAGUAAGGAAGCAUUUUAUAAAUAAGGGAACACCCAAUGGGAGCACAGCAGCAAUUCAAAAGGAAGAUCCAUGAAAGACAUGGAGGCACCAACUGAGGCUGCUGAAAGAUCCUUUAGGUGGCGGAGGCAGCAAUCGGAUUCUGUCAGUUCAAAAAGGAAGAGCAGUUUAAAGACAAAGAUCUUUGAAGGCAUGGAGGCAACAACUGGGGGCUCAUUUAUGAGUUGCAAGCGCUGGGGCAUUCUUUGUGUUCUGUCGGGAAGUUUAAAGACCAAAUAAAGUGAAGUUAAUUUAA